AGAAGUGCAAAAUGGCGGUGGAGGCGGUGAGGAUAGAAGCAGAUGCAUAUAUGGUUUGUUUGACUCACGCACUUUCGACUGAAAGGGAAGAAGUUAUGGGCUUGUUAAUCGGAGAGGUUGAGGAUGAGAGAGUAGCUCAUAUUUAUUCAGUUAUCAUGCUUCAGAGGCUGGACAAGAGGAAGGAUCGGGUGGAGAUUUCUCCAGAACAAUUGUCAGAUGCCUCAACACAGGCAGAGAGGCUUGGUAUUUUGACGUCAAAACAGCGACCAAUGAGGGUUAUUGGCUGGUAUCAUUCCCAUCCUCACAUUACUGUUUGGCCGUCCCAGGUUGGUAAGUUCCUGAUGUGAUAGAAUGUGAACCCUAAUAUUAAAUCAAGCCUGAUAUUUUAAUCCCUUUCACAGCUGAUGCAAAUAUGAAUUCUCUAUACUGUCUGUGAUACAUAUCUCUUGAUUAUAGUUCUGAGAAUUUGGUCUUAAGUCGGAUAAUAUUUUUCUUUCAUCUCAUCACUUUCCUGCUUCAAAGGAAACAGUAUCAUUAGCAUCAAUUUCUUUUAGGUCACUCUUUCGAGUGAAAGGUUUACAAUCCAUAUAACCCUCGAAAAAAGUUAAAAUACAAAUAGUCCAAAGGAGAUCAAAUGUAUAAUUCUUCCUCCUCAUGUCUAAAUACCCCGAUAGAGCAUUAACAACCUGAUUUGAGUGCUGUUAAUCAGCUUCAUC